CUUUUUUUCACGUCAAGAGUAGCCCUCAACCGUAUAAUUCAUUAAUCGGUGCCGAAAUACAGCCAAUGCCUUUGCCUCUGCUUUAAUCUAGCUAACAGACAAGACAUAUCUGUGAACGACUUGGAGUCUUUGCGUUCACUAGGAGAGCUAGAAAGACUCGUGCGGGCCCCCUUCAGCCAUCCUAUACCCUAUUACAUUGCGCUUUUUUGAGUGUAUGCAACCUCGAGACGAGCGAGCGCAUUUCAUUUCCAGUAGCCUCGACAGGGAAACUAUUUAUAUUGAUAUUUUAGGUGGCUCGAAUAGACGGGAAACGGCGUUAUGGUUUCUCCUGAGAUGACAAAGGAGACUGCUGGGAUAGACAUCAGCCCAGUUGGGAGUGCCGGGCAUGAUGACAGGCGGGUAGAUGAUGGCAGGGCAGCCAGAACCGAGGAACCUCUUCGCGAUGACAGCGACAGCGACGAAACAGAUACGCCCGAGAACGAGGAAAUUGGCCGUGCAAUCGACGAGCUCGAGAACCAGGAGAAGUCUUGGUUUGGCUAUUUAAAGACGAGAGACUUUUAUAUCGUCUUAAUUCUCGGGCAAAUCCUUGCAUUAUGCAUCACAGCUACGAACACUUUCUCCACGAAGCUUGUGAUGGCUGGCAACUCCAUUCCGGCAAUCCAAACUCUCUUCAACUACGUGCUGCUCACCUUGAUCUACACGACAUACACCAUCUAUACCUACGGUUUUAAGAAAUAUUUCAAGCUCCUUCUUGUCGAUGGGUGGAAAUACUUCAUCCUGUCAUUUUUUGAUGUGGAGGGAAACUAUUUCACCGUGCUUGCUUACCGAUACACAACGCUUCUCUCGGCGCAGCUACUAAACUUCUGGUCUAUCGUCUGUGUGGUCAUCUUGUCUUUCUGUUUCCUCAAAGUACGCUACAAGUGGGCCCAGAUUGCUGGUAUCCUCGUAUGCUGCGGCGGCAUGGGUUUACUACUUGCAUCUGAUCAUCUCCAAGGUACCAAUGGUGGUCAAGGUGUAGAUCAGCUCAAAGGAGAUCUAUUUGGCUUGCUGGGCGCCACAUUAUAUGGUUUAAGCAAUGUCUUCGAAGAGUGGUUCGUCAGUCGGCGUCCAAUGUAUGAGGUACUGGGAAUGCUCGGCAUUUUUGGUAUUCUGAUAAAUGGCGUCCAAGCGGCGAUCUUUGACCGAACAUCCUUCCACGAUGCAACCUGGAAUGGUGCCGUGGCGGGAUAUCUGGUUGGAUACACGUUGGCUCUCUCGAUAUUCUAUUCGUUGGCGCCUAUCAUCCUCCGAAUGGCAAGUGCGGCGUUUUUCGACAUCUCGCUGCUCACCGGAAAUUUCUGGGGCACGAUUAUCGGCAUUCAUGUUUUCGGAUACACGAUACACUUUCUGUACCCAAUCGCAUUUGUGCUUAUUAUCAUUGGUCUGAUGGUCUACUUCCUUGCCGGGUCUAUGUUGGGAGACAGCAAGAAGCCGUGGCUCGGAAAGAACCAAGAGCUCGGAGUCGAAGGUCUGGGUACCGCAAAGCGAAAGGCAGUAAAGCGCGUUAUCCGCGAGCGACAACCCGGACAGCAGGCAUGAUGUAAUUGGAGAAGAUCACAUCAUCGGAUGGGCCUGGAGAUCGGUUUCGGAAUUGAAGUGUUUCUUGGGUGAUUGGGUGGAAUACACGGGGCCGUUUAUAACUGUUUAUUUUACAUCAACUAUGUAUUGAACUUAAUGGGCUACACUCGUCCCAUGUAUCUAGCCUCCAAUAUAUAUUGAAACGAUGCUAUCAGGCUCGUGUUAAUAAUUAAUUUCAUUACAGAUG